AUGAGUUGUGCACACAGUACACUCCUAUUGGCCGCCGAUAACUCACAAUUAGUUGAGAUUUACCGUUCUCAACUCGCCCUAUCACCCUUUGACACAACUCACAAUCAGGAUAAUCAACUCAGCCCUUCCUUAAAAUUGGCCAUUGGACCUAUACUGGACCAGAACCUUGACGCAUGGCGGAGAAAGAACAAUAAAGAACUGCUGAAAGAAACGGGUCAGUCAAUAUCUCAUGACAUUAAGGCAACGAGGUUAAGAUGGGCAGAGUAUGUAGCUCAUUUCUUUUUUAUUUCUCGUUCCCUCCCCCUCGGCCUAGGGUUCGUUAAGACCCCGAGGCAUGGACCUGGACGGACCCCACAAUGUGCUAGUGGAGGGAGGGUGAGGUUAGAAGAGAAGAAGAGGUUAAUGAGGCCCUCUUCCAGAAGAGUAGCCUGGAACCCUGUCACUAUUAGCCUCAUGCGGUCUAAUUAG